AUGAUUGAAGAGACAAUUGAUGCCCGCUACACGCUUGUGCAAAAUGUACUGGAUCAACAGCUUGAAUCGUGGUUUGGCAAAGGAAACUUUAAGAUCAUCGUAAGAACCAAACACCCCCUUCAUUAUACUCAUUUAAUGUUAAGCCUCAUUUAAUGUUAAGCGACACCGCAGGAGCCUCCAGACGACUACGCGAAGUGGAAAGUUGAAAUCCCUAGAAAAUUGGAAUAUGUCAGUGAUAAAUUUGCUCGACUGGGCAACUUUAGCUGA